AUGCUGAGCUUCAGCGACCGCCCGCCCGUCCUCUUGAAAUGGCGCUCGUCGACGACACUCAUCCUUCUCGCGGUCUUCAUUGGUGUCCUCGUCGACACGGCCGCCUUCUCCAUCGCAGCCCCGAUUAUCCCCUUUCGCCUCGAGCAGCUGGGCUACGAGUCUGUCGGUGACAAGGUUGGGUGGAUCAUCGCCUGUUUCGGCGCAGGAUUGAUCGCCGCAACGCCCAUCGCCGUCUAUGUCGGCUCGAAAGUCUCAAAUCGACAGCUUCUCCUGCUCGCUGGCUUGCUAUCUAUGGCUGGAGCCUUGAUCCUCUUCAUGGAGAGUAGCAGCUUCAUCGCCAUGCUCAUCGCGCGAUUGUGGCAGGGAAUGAGCGGCACCAUCCUCUGGACGUUCGGCUUGGCGCUCGUCAUCGACUCGGUCCCGGAGCACCGCGUAGGCGCCUCGCUCGGGACGGUCAUGGCGGGUUUCUCAGCCGGCGAGGCGAUGGGUCCACCCAUCGGAGGCGUCCUGUACCGCCACCUAGGCUUCCGCGCGCCGACCGUCUUCCUCCUCAUCCUCCUCGGCUUCGACCUUGUCCUCCGCCUCGCCAUCAUCGAGAAGAAGACGGCGCUUCGGUGGAUCGAGAAGGGUGUCGUAAUCCCGGGCUUCUCAGCGCCCACCUACCCGCCUGCGCAUGACGAGGUACAAGGAACGAAGGAUGUCUCUCCGGCGGCGACCAACCCUGAAGGCGCCGCCGAGAAAGGCCAACUCGCCGACAGUUCAGCUUCCGCCUCGACCGGCUCUAACCUGUGGCGAACGACCUGGCGCCUUGUGCAAGAUCCUCGCGCCUCCGUCGCAAUUGGCAUCGCCAUGCUCUACGGAGUCGUCUUCGGUUUGCUGGACACCGGAAUGGUCCUCUACGUCAAGGACCAGUACGGCCUCGACGAGCAGGGCGCCGGGCUUAUCUUCAUCGCCGUCGUCGUGCCGUCCUUCAUUGUGUCGCCGCUGGCUGGAUGGCUUACGGAUCGCUACGGCAGCAAAUGGCCAGCGACGCUCGGCGUGACAACAUUCGUCGCAACAUACCCGCUCCUCCUGAUCGAAGGACCGCUGCCGCUCUUCGUCUUCUUCCUUGUCCUCGUCGGCGUCGGGCUUUCAUGCGUCGUGACCCCGACAACGCACGAUCUCAACGUUGCUGCGGCAGCGACACCUGGCGCAGAGCCUGCGCAGGUCUUUGCGCUGUUCAACCUUGCUUUCUCGGUUGGCUCGUUCAUCGGACCUAUCUGCGGCGGCCAGAUCAUGCACUCGAUGUCGACGAGGAACGGCUUCGUCACUGUCACGUCGAUAGGAACCGCCUUGGUGGCCCUCGCCGCGCCGCUCGUCCUCGUCUACACCGGCGGGCGGUUGCGAUGCGGCGUCCUCCGUCGUGAGCGAGUUGAGACUGCUACGUAG